CCGCACGGCUCGAAAGCGAGACCGUCGACGGAAUACGAACGGUUUCGUUGGUCUGCCUUCACGGCAUUUUCGUUCGUUCGGAUUUGGAGGAAACAUGGCACGAAUGCUGAGCAGGGAGCCGCGGGAUAUCGAGAGUAUCCUGGCCUUGAAUCCUCGGGUCCAGACUCACGCUGCUCUCCUCUCUACCGCAACCAAGAAAAUGGAGAAAAAACACUGGAAAAGAAACGCAGAGAAAGGCUGUGAGAGCUGCGUGAAGCUAGAGAACAAUUUUGAUGACAUCAAACACACGACUCUGAGUGAGCGUGGAGCACUUCGGGAAGCGGUGAGAUGUUUGAAGUGCGCAGAUGCACCGUGUCAGAAAAGCUGCCCGACCAAUCUGAACAUAAAGGCCUUCAUUACCAGUAUUGCAAACAAGAAUUAUUACGGAGCCGCUCGGACCAUUCUCUCAGACAACCCGCUGGGUUUGACCUGUGGGAUGGUGUGUCCCACCUCAGACCUGUGCGUCGGGGGGUGCAACUUAUACGCGUCCGAGGAAGGUCCAAUCAACAUCGGGGGACUGCAGCAGUUUGCCACAGAGGUGUUCAAACAAAUGGGAGUUCCUCAGAUACGUAAUCCCGAUCUCCCACCUCCACAUCAGAUUCCUGAGAGCUAUCACUCUAAAAUAGCUUUGAUCGGCUGCGGCCCCGCCAGCAUAAGCUGUGCCUCUUUCCUGGCCCGCUUGGGGUACGACGACAUCACCAUUUUCGAGAAGCAGAGGUUCAUUGGAGGACUGAGCUCUUCCGAGAUCCCACAGUUCCGCUUGCCAUACGAUGUGGUUCAGUUCGAGGUGGAUUUGAUGAAGGACUUGGGAGUGAAGAUUGUCUGUGACCGAGGACUCGGCCAAGAUGGAAUGACGCUUCUCUCGCUGAAGGAGGAAUACAAAGCUGUCUUCAUUGGAAUCGGUCUACCUCAAGCUAAUAGGCACAAGCUCUUCGAUGGCCUCUCAACAGAACAGGGUUUUUACACAUCGAAGGACUUUCUUCCUCUCGUCUCGAAAGCCAGUAAACCAGGGAUGUGUGGCUGUCGCUCAGCUCCGCCGGAGCUCCGUGGUACUGUGAUUGUUCUGGGCGCCGGAGACACGGCCUUUGACUGCGCUACCUCUGCCCUGCGCUGCGGAGCUCGCCGUGUGUUCGUGGUCUUCAGGAAAGGAUUCACCAACAUACGAGCAGUUCCUGAGGAGAUGGAGCUGGCCAAGGAGGAGAAAUGUGAGUUCCUGCCCUUCCUCUCUCCUCGUGAGGUGUUGCUAAAGGCAGGCCGGGUCCAUGGGAUGGAGUUCUGCCGAAGCGAGCAAACAGAGUCGGGUCAGUGGGUGGAGGACGAGGAGCAGAUCAUACGACUGAAGGCCGACUAUAUCAUCAGUGCUUUCGGUUCUCUGAUGAACGACCCCGCAGUGAUAGAGGCCAUGGCUCCCAUCAGGUUAAACAGAUGGGGGCUUCCUGAGCUGGACCCAGAGAGCAUGCAGGCUAGUGAGCCGUGGGUGUUCGCUGGGGGCGAUGUGGCCGGUCUGGCCAACACCACCGUGGAAGCAGUCAAUGACGGGAAACAGGCCUCCUGGCACAUGCACAGAUACUUACAGUCCAUCUUCGGGCGGUUGGUGAGCGGCCCGCCCCGGCUGCCCCUCUUCUACUCGCCGGUAGACGCCGUGGACAUCAGUGUGAAGAUGUGCGGCAUGACGUUCCUCAACCCGUUUGGGCUGGCCAGCGCUCCACCCACCACCAGCGCACCCAUGAUCCGCAGGGCCUUCGAGCAGGGUUGGGGUUUCGCCCUCACCAAAACCUUCUCGCUGGACAAGGAUUUGGUCACCAAUGUGUCUCCGCGUAUUGUGCGUGGAACUACUUCUGGACCACUUUUUGGUCCCGGGCAGGGCUCCUUCCUGAACAUUGAGCUGAUCAGCGAGAAGACGGCUGCCUAUUGGUGCCAGAGUGUGACGGAACUCAAAGCCGACUUUCCUGACAAUAUUGUCAUAUCCAGCAUAAUGUGCAGCUACAACAAAGCUGAUUGGACCGAGCUUGCCAAAAUGGCAGAGGAGUCUGGCGCUGAUGCCCUGGAGCUGAAUCUAUCAUGUCCUCAUGGAAUGGGGGAAAGGGGAAUGGGGCUCGCCUGUGGGCAGGAUCCAGAGCUGGUGCGGAACAUCUGUCGCUGGGUUCGGGAGGCUGUUCGGAUCCCAUUCUUUGCCAAACUCACCCCUAAUGUGACCAACAUCGUGGACAUUGCCAAGGCUGCACAGGAAGGUGGAGCAGAUGGUGUCACAGCCACCAACACGGUUUCGGGGCUGAUGGGACUCAAGGCAGACGGCUCUCCCUGGCCUGGCAUCGGCCGAGGAAGGCGCACCACAUAUGGUGGAGUGUCUGGAAAUGCCAUUCGGCCAAUCGCAUUGCGAGCAGUAUCAGCUAUAGCCAAAGCUCUUCCCGGUUUUCCCAUUCUGGCCACUGGGGGCAUCGAUUCUGCAGAAUCUGGAUUGCAAUUUCUUCAUGCCGGUGCCACGGUGUUACAGGUUUGCAGUGCCGUACAAAACCAAGACUUCACGGUGAUCGAAGACUACUGCACCGGUCUGAAAGCCCUGCUGUACCUCAGAAGCCUCGAGGAGCUCCAGGACUGGGAAGGCCAGUCGCCUCCAACGGUCCGCCAUCAGAAAGGAAAGCCUGUGGCCUCGCCGGAGGAAGCCAAAGGAAGGUGUCUACCCAAUUUUGGCCCGUACCUGCGGGAAAAGGAGGAAGCGAUUGCGAACCACAAAAAGAAACUGAGAGACUUCAGUAACGACACUGUUUCCACAGAAGAUACAAGGCUUUACUCUCCCAAGGGUCCUGUGCCAAAAGUGAAAGACGUGAUAGCCAAAGCUCUGCAGUACAUCGGAGCCUAUCAAGAGCUCAACAUCAAGGAACAAGUGCAAGCUCUGAUCGAUCCGGAGAUGUGCGUUAACUGUGGGAAGUGUUACAUGACCUGUAACGAUGCUGGAUACCAGGCCAUUGUGUUUGACCCCGAGACUCAUCUCCCCAUGAUUCAGGACAGCUGCACCGGCUGUACUCUUUGCCUCAGCGUCUGCCCCAUCAUCGACUGCAUCAAGAUGGUUGCCAGGACAACGCCUUACGUGCCAAAGAGAGGCCUCCCUCAAGCCGUAGAGCCUGUGUGCUGAAAGAAAACCCCAGACGACGAUAUAUAUAUAUAUAUAUAUAUAUAUAUAUAUAUAUAUAUAUAUAUAUAUAUAUAUAUAUAUCACAGCAUUGAAUUUACUCUCGGUAAUUGCAGUGUGAAGAAUUAACUUUGUUGUAGGGGGGGGGAAGCAAAUAAUUAGAUUUAAAAAAAAUAAUUGCCUUAUUUUCAGGAGCCAAUUAUCCAGAAAUAAUCUUAGGGGGUGUUAUUUUGAAACAAUAGAGAGGCGAUUUGUCGAGGUGAAGUUCCUGCCUCUCUUUCUCUGAGGGCUGAUGGGAAUGAAUCGGGCUGUUUAUGCAGAUGUGGGAAGAUCGCGCGUAUCCUUUAACUAGAGCCACAAUGAUGGAUCGUCCACUACAUCUAGAACAGAAUGCAAUCACAUAUACAAGAGCUGCUGAUGGGAAAUGAGGAAAUGAAUGGAUUUUAAUUGAAUGGUGGAUGGUUGAGCUCGGAAUCAGACUUAGUGUUGUUUUCCAUAACGUAUAAUGAUUGGAAAAGGUUUGUUUGAUGUUAUACGUGCUACAUUGUAUGCAAAAAGCCAGUGUGCUUCAAAAACUAAACCUGAAGUAGUAUUAGUUACGUAAUUGACACGAAUUGUAUUUAUUUGCCUCUGAGCCUUAAUAACAAAUAUGGUUGAUUUUGAUUGCAUUAGCCAUCUGGACAGGGUCAUUUAGAGAGCCGGUCUACCUCGGUAAUACGCUGAACAUUUCGAGUAAAGGUCAUCUGUGACUAUUUCCAGACAUUAGAGAGGAAGACUAGCUGUUAUUCAUCUUGGACCUGAAAGGUCAAGUCUGACCACCUCUAUCUCUACAAAUACACGGCCCAUCCGUACUGCACAUACAAGCCCCUAGGUUGCUCUCUAUGAAGCAGAUGAUCAAACACCGUGAUGGGCAGGAUAACUGUGUAUUUGUGCACUGUGCACAAUGAUCUCAUGAGGAAAGCCUAAUAUGUAUAUAUAUAAGACAUACAAAAUCUAUAGACAUACAAAAAAAUAGUUUACUAUAAAGCAAGAACUAACUGGCUUCUUUUAUUUAAUCAAGGCUAAUUAUAUAUAUAUAUAUAUAUAUAUAUAUAUAUAUAUAUAUAUAUAUAUAUAUAUAUAUGAUUAGCCUGGAUUAAAUAAACUUACCAUUACAUUGUGUAACAACAAAUAUUACAAAGACAGACAAUGAGACAAAUAUUAAAGUUUACAAAACAUAUUUUUAAUAUUUUAAAUAUUCUAUUAAAAAUAUGUUUCAUAUCUCAAAGUAUUUCAGGCCAUAUUUUAUCCCAAUAAUACUAAUAAUAAUAAAAUUAUUAACUGACAAAAAAACUUUAACCCAAUAUAUAAAGUAAUUAUAUACACUAUAUAUAAAGUUUGUUAUAUUAUAGUUCUGAGAAUUAAGGAGAAAAUAUGCUUCAUUGAUAAUAAGAAUAAUAAUAGCUUUGCAAUGAAAAAUAUUAUACUUUUUCUCAGGACACAGUUUACCUCAAACAUGUAUGUGUGUGUAUAUAUAUAAUACAAUAUAUAUAUAUAUAUAUAUAUAUACUUUUUUAUGCGUAUUAAAAAAUUGUCAUUCAGUUUCUUGUUUCAUACAGCUGUAACACUAUCUAAUUUCUUGCAUAAGAAUUUACUUAUCUUAUAGCAGUAUGUACUUAUCUGUAACUGCACACUUGUGGACUUGCAUAUUAAUAAAAUUCCUUGUUGUCAGUCUUAUUGGACUAGCACUAUUGACUAUUGUAAGCAAUUCCCUGCUGUACUGUAUUAAUACUGUAAUAACGGUCGGGGGUUAAUGAGGGCAACCUGCAGAACGACAGCACAUGAAAAACAUUUGAAGGAGACUGAAAUAAUUGAGGUCUCAGGCGUUCACCUACGAGGAUGGCGGUUCAUAUUUGUUAUGUAGAUGUCACGUAGUCUGUGUUGUUUACAGACGGGUGGAAGCCGAACGCUGCCGGCCGGUUUGAUUAGUCGCCGGGCAAAUCAGAGUCUGCCAAUAAAUCGGGUUCCACUCUGAAAGCGGGCCUCGAGUCUCGGCUUCAGGGGUUACAGGUUAGUGUAAAUGUUUACUUCCUCAUUGGCUGGCUGGUGAGAUAAUUAGAAUGACAUUUUGCAUGGUCGCAGUGCAGGAUGCGCGACGCGCCCCCCUUCCCCGCUUGCGUCGUAGCGCACAUCAUUAAAAAUCAACAUGGCAUCAAUCUCGCACCAGUGGUGUGAACUCGAGGCCAGUGCAAACGAUCAUCAGAGGCGUAUUAAGCCGGCGGCGGCGGAGCGUGGGGGUCUUCUGACGUGUCUCCUUUGCGGGGAUGACGAGGGUGCUGGCCUUCAGCAGCCAGACAUUUCUAAAAAGUCCUGUCUGCUUGUUAAAGCACACGCCGAACAACGGCGUAAUUGUGCUUGCCGCAAACAAACGCAUUAAUUAAUGCUUUCCGCCGACUAGCUGCGCGGCUAACUUAUCAGGAUUCACAGGCGGCCGCCGAAAUAUAGUUUGAAGUGUUCAGGUGAACGGAAUAUUAAACAAUUUGAGAUUAAAAUCUUCUUUGAUUGAUUGUACCUCCAUUAAUGUUAAUGAUGUUCUGAAAAACAUUGCUCUUCUGUUGAGGUCGCAGCUGUAUCCACUCUGUGGCGGGCCAGGGUCACGCAGCUUGAACAUGGCUAACCGUGAGGUUUUUGUCAUGCAUGUUUUCCCAUUAGCUUUGGCUUUAAUUUCAAUCCAUUGUCUAAUGUCUGGAUUUAAGCCAAGAGUCAGAGUGGAAUUUAAAUGAUGAUCCACUAGGCUGCUUUUCUAAUAUUUGUCAGUAUACUGUAUUUACAUGCACUUCUUCCCCAAAAAAUUGUGUAUGUUCUCCGUGGUCUUUUGACGCUACGAAUUAAAGUUAAAGUUCAAAUAAAAACAAAUCAGGCAACAUCUAGCCCAUUACAUUCAAUUAUAGUUAACGUCAUUUUGACAGUUAUUUCAUCUGAAAUGUUUGCACGUUGAAAAAUAAAUAAUACCUCAUGUUGUUUUGGACCAGAUUAAAUUUUCUGCUAUUCCACAUUCAUAACAAGCAUUUUAAUAGGGGAGGAUGAUACUAAAAAACUUAAAAAAAUGUAAAAACGCAUACUCAAAUUUCGGAGCCUUAAUGGCCUUAAAGCAGUAAACCUCUUUAUUAAAAUAACAACAAAAUGUUAUUUACAAAACUAUUACAUAUUAGUAUAUUUUAUGACAUAAAAGGGAGUAAAUGAUACAUUUUUGAGUCACCUAUGGUUUAAAAUUUCUGCUGCUGCAUCUUUAAGACUAUAUGCAUGGGUUUGAUUCCUAUGAAGUGAUGAAAUGCAUAUUUAAAAAACUAAUUUGCUUUGGUUGAAAGCAUCUGUUGAAUGAUGUAAAUGGAUAUUCACUCUAUCGUAGAUGGAUUCAGCAUUUUUUGUGUUUUCUGUCAGUGUACAUUUCAGCAAGAAUGAGGUGUGGCGUUACUGGAUCUUGUGCGACGGACUGAAACGUCAGUGACGGACGUCAUUUAUCAGGACAGCUGUAAUAAACAGAAACAUUAGCUCAGAGCUUCGUAUUUGUCCCCAACCGUCGUUCGAUACAAUAUCUCGCCUCUGUCUUCCCUGAGCAGGAGGGGAUGUGUGCUGAGAAAUCGUUGUGUCUGACAUUUAGAACUUCCAGGCUAAAGUGACAAAUGAAUUAGACUUCCCAGCACCUUCUCUUUAAUGGAUGCGAUCGGCCUGCACCUCCCUUAGCUCUAAAAACAGCCAGAUAACGCAUCGUCACUGAGAAGAAAAAAAAAGCUGCCAGAGUCUGGAACUCAGUGGCCGCACCGGGAGGACUCGAAUGCUGGGCUUAUGAAGACUCUUCCGUAUUGAUGUCUGGGGCAUUUUCUGUUAGUGAGUGUACCCUAACAGCUG